AAUGCAGUGGGCCUCCCUCCUGCUGCUGGCAGGGCUCUGCUCCUUCUCCCAGGCCCAGUAUGAUGAAGAUCCCCACUGGUGGUUCCACUACCUCCGCAGCCAGCAGUCCACCUACUACGAUCCCUAUGACCCUUACCCUUAUGAGCCCUAUGAGCCUUAUCCCUAUGGGGUAGAGGAAGGUCCAGCCUACGCCUAUGGCUCUCCAUCCCCACCAGAGCCCCGCGAUUGCCCUCACGAGUGUGACUGCCCGCCCAACUUUCCCACAGCCAUGUACUGUGAUAACCGCAACCUUAAGUACCUGCCCUUCGUCCCCUCUCGAAUGAAGUAUGUCUACUUCCAGAACAACCAGAUCUCCUCCAUCCAGGAAGGUGUCUUCGACAAUGCCACUGGGCUGCUCUGGAUUGCCCUCCAUGGCAACCAGAUCACUAGCGAUAAGGUGGGGAAGAGGGUCUUCUCCAAGCUGAAGCACCUGGAGAGGCUGUAUAUGGACCACAACAACUUGACCCGGAUGCCAGGUCCACUGCCUCGAUCCCUGAGGGAGCUCCAUCUUGACCACAACCAGAUCUCCCGGGUCCCCAGCAAUGCUCUGGAGGGGCUGGAGAACCUCACAGCCUUGUACCUCCAACACAACGAAAUCCAGGAAGUGGGGAGUGCAAUGAAGGGCCUCCGAUCAUUGAUCUUGCUGGACCUGAGUUACAACCACCUUCGAAGGGUGCCUGAUGGGCUGCCUUUGGCACUUGAGCAGCUGUAUCUGGAGCACAACAACGUCUACAGUGUCCCUGACAGCUAUUUCCGGGGCUCACCCAAGCUGCUGUAUGUGCGGCUGUCCCACAACAGCCUGACCAACAGUGGGCUGGCCUCCAACACCUUCAACUCCAGCAGCCUCCUUGAGCUCGACCUCUCCUACAAUCAGUUGCAGAAGAUUCCCCCAGUCAACACCAACCUGGAGAACCUCUACCUCCAAGGCAAUAGGAUCAAUGAGUUCUCCAUCAGCAGCUUCUGCACCGUGGUGGACGUCAUGAACUUCUCCAAGCUGCAAGUGCUGCGCCUGGACGGAAACGAGAUACAGCGCAGCGCGGUGCCGGCGGAUGCGCCCCUCUGCCUGCGCGUCGCCAGUCUCAUUGAGAUCUGAGUAGCCCUCGCACUGAGCGCGGGCCAGAGAGCCCACACGGCCCCGUUGCAUUUGGCUUGAUGGUUCGGUUUGGCUUUUGCUGGAAGGUCUGGAAUAGACCAUGUGAC